AGGGCAGCGCGGAGCUCCGGUAGUGGGCGGGGCGUGGCGGCGCGCGCAGCGGCAGGCGGCGGCAGGAUGGAGUCUGAGCGCGAGCCCCAACCCCAGCCGGCGGCAGUGGAGGUUCCUGCGGGACGCGUGCUCAGCGCCCGGGAGCUCUUCGCCUCCCGCUCGCGGUCGCAGAAGCUGCCCCAGCGCUCACAUGGCCCCAAGGACUUUCUGCCCGACGGCUCGGCAGCCCAGGCCGAGCGGCUGCGCAGGUGCCGGGAGGAUCUCUGGCAGCUGCUGGCUGAGCAGCGCGUAGAGCGCCUGGGCAGCUUGGUGGCUGCCGAAUGGAGGCCGGAAGAGGGCUUCGUGGAGUUGAAGUCUCCUGCGGGCAAAUUCUGGCAGACCAUGGGCUUCUCAGAGCAGGGCCGGCAGCGGCUUCACCCGGAAGAGGCCUUGUAUCUCCUGGAGUGUGGCUCCAUCCAGCUCUUCCACCAAGACCUGCCACUGUCUAUCCAGGAAGCUUACCAGCUGCUGCUGACCGACGAUACUGUUACCUUCCUGCAGUACCAGUCCAGGGACCUGGCUGACUGGUCUCUGGUAGAAAAUGGCCUCUCCUUACCUGGAACUCUUGGCUGGAGUGCAGCUCCUUGGACGUGGACUGGGAGCCUCUGCUGGAAGCGUUCUGAGAGAGGCAGCUCUGUCCUGUUCUCGUAUGAGAGGCAGCUUAACUUGGAUGGCAGCAUGCAGCACUUGGAGGACGGAGAUGGCAAAAGAAAGAGGAGCAGCUCCAGCCCUUGGUCCAUUAAUAAGAAGGCCAAGGCCCUGGAGAACUCCCUGCAACCUGAGAGUCUGGCAGCCUCCAGCCCACCUCCCUCCAGCCAGCCCAGCCAAUGCCCAGAGGAGAAACCCCAGGAGCCAAGCCCCAUGAAGGGCCCAGGGGGCCCCUUUCAGCUUUUGGGGUCCCUGGGGCCCAGCCCUGGCCUGGCCAGGGAGGGGGUGGGGUGCAGCUGGGAGAAUGGCAGAGCUGAGAAAGGAGUCACAGGGGCUGGCAAGCCACGCUGGAACUUCGAGCAGAUCUCCUUCCCCAACAUGGCUUCAGAUAGCCGCCACACCCUCCUAUGUGCCCCAGCCCCAGAGCUGCUCCCAGCCAAUGUGGCUGGGCGGGAGACAGAUGCAGAGUCCUGGUGCCAGAAGCUGAACCAGCGCAAGGAGAAGCUCUCCAGAUGGGAAAGGGAGCACCACGUGGAGGCCGCGCGCUUCCGGGAGGAUGUCAAUGCUGAUCCCGAGGUGCAGCGCUGCUCUAGCUGGCGAGAAUACAAGGAGCUGUUGCAGCGACGGCAGCUGCAGAGGGGCCAGAGCCAGGCCCCUCACCUGUGGGGCCAGCCCGUCACCCCCCUGCUGAGUCCAGGCCAGGCCAACUCCCCAGCCAUGGUCCUUCAGCAUAUCUCUGUGCUGCAGACCACACACCUUGCUGAUGGAGGUGCCUGGCUGCCGGAGAAGUCUGGGGGCUUGGAAAUCAGCUUUGAUGUUUACCAGGCCGACGCUGUGGCCACAUUCCGAAAGAAUAACCCUGGCAAACCCUAUGCCCGGAUGUGCAUUAGUGGAUUUGAUGAGCCUGUCCCAGACCUCUGCAGCCUCAAGCGGUUGUCUUACCAGAGUGGGGAUGUCCCUCUGAUCUUUGCCCUGGUGGAUCAUGGUGACAUCUCCUUCUACAGCUUCAGGGACUUCACGUUGCCCCAGGAUGUGGAGCACUGACCUCACAGCUCUGCAGGGGAUGGAGCUUGCUCCAGGGGACUGGGACUGGUUGUUCUCAGGGACCAUCUCGGCUGCCUCCUGUACCCAGACUCUAACCUGUAGCUUCAGGGGCCAGUCUGGGCCUUGGCCCUGGGCGUCUAAUACAAAGAGUGAAACUGACCCUCUCCCCUUGUCUGCUGCCUUGCAGUGACCACCCUGGAACUCAGGAGUAGAUUUUAAGGACCCAGGAGGUGGGGCAGAAGAGAGGACUCUGUGCCUUUAACGUGAGGGUGCCUGCUUCCGUGCCAUAAAGCCAAAGCCAUUAAAAAUAAAUCUCUUUUCUGCUGUUUCUGUA